UAUAAAGUGAAAGCUAGCAGUGUGUGAGCUUUAGAGGGGCUUCUGGGUACAUUUAUUUUUGGACUGUUUUUCCUCAACUUUAACUUCAUAAAUGUCCUAAUAUUUCAUGUUGAAUAUUAAAUAGGUUCCGCCGUGCUUACAAUAUUAAUUUAAUCCUGUUUUACACCCUGCGCAUCCACAUAAGGGGAAAGGGUGCGCGCGCAGAUGCAAGAAGCGUGUCUGCGCGCGAGCUGCUGCUGCAGUCAAGUAAAAAAUGUGUCAAUUUCCACCGGACAGCAGGAACCCCGCGGAGGGGGAGGAGGAGGAGGAGGAGGAGACGCCGGUGCUCAGCAGAGGAGCCGCACACCGACACCGCGACGUCCAGGAACAUUUCCCCGGGUCGAUGCGUCUGAUCCGCCGGCCUGCAUCGCCGAGGAAGACGCCGCGGAGCUCCAUCUGAAGACCGGAUCCAUCCGAGCCUGAAUCCGUCCUGCGUGAAAAGCGAGAGGAAGGCCGCCAUGGCGACCACCGCGGAGCCCCCGCGGCCCCCCCCCGUGCCCCUGACGACGCUGUCCCGCUGGUACCUCUACGCCAUCCACGGCUACUUCUGCGAGGUCAUGUUCACGGCCGCCUGGGAGUUCGCCGUCAGCUGCAACUGGAAGUUCCCCGGCGUGACCAGCGUGUGGGCGCUGUUCCUCUACGGCACGUGCAUCCUGGCCGUGGAGCAGAUGUACCUGCGCCUGCGCGGCCGCUGCCGCGUGCUCCCGCGCUGCCUCAUCUACACGGCGUGGACGUACCUGUGGGAGUUCUCCACGGGGCUGCUGCUGCGCCAGUUCGACGCCUGCCCCUGGGACUACUCCCAGUUCCGCUACAACUUCAUGGGGCUGAUCACGGCCGAGUACGCCGUGCCGUGGUUCUGCGCCUCCUUCCUCGCGGAGCGCCUGGUGAUCCGCCGGACGCUGCGGCUCCGGUUCCACGCCGGGCCCGAGGACGGCUGGACGGCGGAUGCAGCGGCAGGUGGGAGCGACGGCGACGGGUACCUGAAAGGGGAGUGAAGGAGGGGGGGACGCCAUCUGAAGCCCCGCCCACACCUGCACCCCUCCUCGACACGGGCGGCCCUCCUCCGUCAGCGACACACACACUGAGCCGGUGUGUGUGUGUGGCAACGGGAGGCCAAAUCGCUCAGAGGACCCAAUAUGCAUCCCAUAAUGAGCCAGAAGGUCUCAAAGGACUCGGAUUACACUUUCAGUCCCUCCCUGAGUGUGAAGACCUCACAACAACAACAACAACAACAACGACGACAAGAAGCAGAGUUAUUGUUGUCAUCCCGAGGAGGAACACAUAACAAUAUGUCUGUUUUUCCAAAGGUGCACGUCUGGAACAAAACGCUCGCUGCACGAAGAACACGGAGCUGUCAAAAUAUAUGAACACAUGUUUUAGUAUUAAUCAAAGUACUGUAGCCAUGUAGCCACACACACACACACACACACACACUGUUCUUUAGGAACACACACACUGUUCAUUAGGAACACACACACUGAGGGAUGUUUUAGUGAAUACCCACAAUGCCUAGGGAAAAAAUGCAUGAAAAAAACGUGUCUUCCAAUAUGAUAUUCAUCUUUAUAAAGCUCAUUGAGCAGUCACACUGUACGUCAAACUGGUGUGUGUGUGUGCCUGUGUGUGUGUGGGUGUGUGUGUGUGCGCGUGUGUGUGUGUGUGUCACAGCAGCUCAGGCGGUAGAGCCGGUCUCACGGUCGUCUCCUCACAGCAUGUUGAAGUGUCCUUUAGCAAGGCACCGACCUCGGUUCACGGCCUCGCACGGCGGCUUCUCCAACAUCUGUGUGUGUGUGUGCAUGUGUGUGUCGUCUAAUGUGAGGUCUGGACGUUCAUUUUGUUUGUUGUCUUUUUUCUUAGUAGCAACCCAAAAUUAAGUGGCUCAGUGUCUGGUUUCUUGAUUUGAAAAUACUUUUCAUUCUAUGUUUAAAAAAAAAGAAGGUGUUUUAAGGCCGCCUGUUUUUCACGACCUUCCUCUUUCAGUUAGUUUAACGCGCGCGUGAAGGAAACAUGAUUUAAAUGAAGCUUUCCUCUGUGGCGAGUAUCGGACUUUGCGUCUCAUUUUCUUUCCACCGUUGAUGAUUUGUGAUUCACAAAACUAUUUGUUGGGCUUUCCUCUGUGAAUAAUGACCUCGUGAUAUUUGACAUCUACACUCCACACGUUUAACUGUGACAGUUCAGGUUAUAUUAGAUAAACUGUACGUUUUGUUGUUGUUGUUCAUGCUCCUUCAACACCGAAAACAUGUGGAAUGCAAAUAAUGCUCAUUUCCUUUGGUUUUGUUGAUCCUGAGACUUCCUCUGCUGUGCAUUCAUCACCGGUGCUACCGGAUCGGGCCCCCGAAGCCGGUUUCGGAGACGGGCCUCUUUACAGGAAAUCCAAGGUACCAGAAGAUCGACACAACGCGGGGAAAUGGAAACGUGGGCUGAUUCCUCAGGACCAGCGUUGAUGUUGUUGACUCAAAACUGACAAUUCAGCUUUUUCUCCAUUUCAAGUGAAAUUAUGCACCGUCCCCUCCACAAAAAACAUAAAAAAAUCCACGUCCUCACAACACGACUGGACUACGUCAAGGUGUGACCUCCAUCAGUGCUGCAAUAAGCAUGCAGUGUUCCCCUGCAAGUCCGCAGGGUGGAUGCAGAAAGCCGUUUCACAGAUGAACUGCUGCCACGCAGUGGACACACUUGGAAACUGCAGCUGGAAAAAGACCAUGUUUUAUGAUGCUUGGACAACAAAUAAAAGGGCCCAAAGGUCAACAAUCCUUUUUUUAGGUGGGAUACAGAAGGAUUUUAAUUUAUUUUCAUUAUUGUCGUUUUAUUUCACACAUGAAUCAACAGGCUUCAAAGCAAUAUGUGACCCAGCAAUGAUUAUCAAGCUCAAGGCCGUUAACUCUUUAAACAUCUAAUAAACUAUAUUAUGAGAA